GUUUUCUUACACGCAAUAUCGCUAUAAAAUCCAGGGAUGUUGCAUGCUACUAGGGUUUGAAAAAGAGAAAGAAAAAGCCGAAGUAGAUGGAGAUAGAUAGAAGUUCAAUGAAGGUUAAUAUUAAUAGGUUUUGUGUUGUUCAUUUGAGCGUUUUUGUGCUGGUUCUCACUACGCUCUGUGAGUUAGGGCUUUGUAGAGAGGAGGGUUUCAUAAGGAUGAAAACUCUGGGUGUGGGCGGGGUUCACGAUUGCAGGGGCAGCCAGAACAGUUUCGAGAUCGAAAGCAUCGCUCGCUUUGCUGUCCAAGAACACAACAACAAAGAGAAUGGCCUUCUUGAGUUUGCGAGAGUGGUGAAAGCUAAAGAACAGGUGAUUGCUGGUAAGAUGUACCAUCUUACACUGGAGGCUAUUGAUGCUGGUAAAAGAAAGGUUUAUGAAGCAAAAGUUUGGGUGAAGCCAUGGAUGAACUUUAAACAGUUGCAAGAAUUCAAGUGGGCUCAUGAUGCCCCUUCAUUCACUCCUUCAGACCUUGGCGGCAAACGAGAUGGACAUGGAUCAGGAUGGCAACCAGUGCCAACUCAUGAUCCAGUGGUUCAAGAUGCAGCAUAUCAUGCUGUGAAGACCAUCCAGCAGAGGUCGAACUUGUUGUCCCCAUAUGAACUGCUAGAGAUUAUUCUAGCUAAGGCCAAGGUGCAUGAAGAUUCUGCCGUACUUGAUCUGCUUCUGAAGGUUAGGAGAGGAAGUAAAGAAGAGAAUCUUAAGGUAAUAGUAAAUAAGAAUAUUGAAGGAAUGUUCUAUCUGGAUCAUAUGGAACAAGAUCAUGCCUUAAUGUGCUAAACUUCCUAUUAUGUUGUAAAUGUCCGUAUAAAUCCGCCUAUCAUGUUAACAAGUUUGGAUUGAUGCUGUUUAGCUUAUUACUCUGGUACAGAAUUAGAAAUAACUUGAAUUUGGCUUCUCGCCUUUGGUUGUAAAUUUGUGAACUGGUACCUAUGAUAUAGAUAUGAAUUUUCUAUUUUA